AUGCAAAAGUGGGGAUUAAUUAUAGAUACAUUUUCUUUAUUAGUCACACUCACUUUGAAGAAAACAAAGGAUAGCAAACAAAAUGUCUGCUCGUAUGGCUUGGACUACUCGCUUGUGGACAAAGUCAUGACAUAUGCUGAGUGCCUGGUGUCGCCUGGUACUCAAGAAAUCAGCUUGACCACGUUUAUAUAUGAGAUGACAUUCCGAUUUAAUUUGACAAAUGCCUAUCUGAUUUCAGCCAUCUUCAACAAAAUCAAUAAUGGCCGGAGCAAUUCCAGGAAUUCUCUGACUGUAGAACAGUAUUCUAGACUCAUUUGUACAUUUGUGACUUCGGAUGUAGACGUUAAAGUAAACUAUGUAUUCAAUGUCUACGACCUGGACGGCGAUGGCUUUUUGUCUAAACAUGAAGUGCAUACCAUGUUAAUGACGACUGUUCCACAAAACAGUGAAGAACAAGACGACAUGUUGAAAGAUCUAAUUGAAAUUGUAUUGAAACUGGUCGACCGUGAUGGCAGUGGAACAAUAGACAUAGACGAAUUUCGAGAUCUUGUCAAAAAAGAUGCCUUGUAUAUUGAACUGCUGGGACAGGUCCUACCUGAUAGCAGUUUUACUCAAAUGUAG